AUGGAAGCACAAGGGGCUACUGCAGAAUUGGUGGAAUAUUUGCAGGCAGCAUACAUUCAGGAUAGCCCGCUGGAGCCGGAAACUAUCAACAAAUGGCUCUUGCAGAUUCCGCCGCAGGCCUUACAGUGGACAUCCACGGCAGAAGACUACAUGCCGCCGCUACAUUAUGCCUGCAUGAACGAGGCCACUGAUCCCGGGCA